CCUCUGCAAUCGACAACACCUUCGUCUCUCCCUUGAGGAUCAGUUUGUCGAUACUCAUUCCCUCAAAAUGGCUGCCGCAAUUUCCACUGUGGCCGAGAGCAAGGAGCUUCGGGGCCUGAACCUCGUAGCUGCUCAUUCGCACAUUCGCGGUCUUGGCGUCGACCCAGAUACGCUCCAGCCUAGAGCGUCAUCGCAAGGACUCGUCGGACAAGAAAAGGCUCGCAAAGCCGCUGCCGUGAUUCUUCAAAUGGUCAAGGAAGGCAAGAUUGCCGGCCGAGCAGUAUUGAUCGCGGGACCACCAAGCACCGGCAAGACGGCCAUCGCAAUGGGCAUGGCUCAAUCGCUAGGCGCUGAUGUGCCAUUCACCAUGCUUGCGUCGUCCGAAAUAUUCUCGUUGGAGAUGUCCAAGACGGAAGCGCUGACGCAAGCCUUUCGGAAAUCAAUCGGCGUGCGGAUCAAGGAAGAGAGCGAGAUAAUAGAAGGAGAAGUCGUGGAAAUUCAAAUCGAUCGCAGCGUCACCGGAGGCAACAAGCAAGGAAAGCUCACCAUUAAAACGACCGACAUGGAGACCAUUUACGACAUGGGCACGAAAAUGAUCGAGUCCAUGACCAAAGAGCGUGUCAUGGCUGGAGACGUCAUCUCCAUUGACAAAGCCUCUGGCAAGAUCACCAAGAUCGGACGCAGCUACACUCGUUCGCGCGACUACGACGCCAUGGGCGCCGACACCAAGUUCGUGCAAUGCCCCGACGGCGAGCUACAGAAGCGCAAGGAAGUCGUACACACUGUGAGCCUGCACGAGAUCGACGUCAUCAACUCGCGAACACAAGGCUUCCUCGCACUCUUCUCUGGCGACACGGGCGAGAUUCGCAGCGAAGUGCGCGACCAGAUCAACACCAAAGUGGGGGAAUGGAAAGAAGAAGGCAAAGCCGAGAUUGUGCCGGGCGUGCUCUUCAUCGACGAAGUCCACAUGCUCGACAUUGAAUGCUUUUCGUACAUUAACCGCGCGCUCGAAGACGAACUGGCGCCCAUUGUCAUCAUGGCAAGCAAUCGCGGACACACACGGAUACGCGGCACCAACUACCGCAGCCCGCACGGCCUGCCUCUCGAUUUCCUCGACCGAGUCGUCAUCGUCAGCACCCACGCCUAUGGCCGCGAAGAGCUGCAGCAGAUUCUCUCGAUUCGCGCGCAGGAGGAAGAGGUCGAUCUCUCGCCAGAUGCGCUGGCCCUGCUCACAAAGAUUGGCGAGGAGACUGGUCUACGAUAUGCAAGCAACCUGAUCACAACCUCGACGCUGCUCGCACAAAAGCGAAAGGCGCGCGAGGUCGCUAUUGAAGAUGUCCAGCGGAGUUUCCAGCUCUUUUACGAUCCGAAUCGCAGCGUCAAGUUCGUGACGGAUUUUGAAAAGCGAUUUAUUGGCGAAGAAGGCGGCGUUACAUUUUCGGUUACAAACGGUGCGGAUGCAAUGGAGUUGUCUUAGAGGUCCUGGGUAGGAUUCUAGAUGUGCAGUCUGGCUUUAGACCGGCGCCUCUCUUCUUCCACUUUCUUCUUUUUCACUUUCUGUUCUCUCCGUUUCAUUUCACUUCCACGGCUCGAUUGCUCCGAUUACUGUUUUUUUAAAAUGCGGUUCUUAUGCGUUUGUUCUAAAAAAGUGUGGGACAUGGUACUUUCAUCUUUCUUUUUCUUUUGUCUUCGUUCUCGUUCCUCUCGGUCUUCGGCGGUCGCGUUCCAAGGGUGUUUUUCCAUAUUGUCUUUUUCCUUUUUUACAUUAUUCUCCUAUUCUACAAUUCCAUUUCUCCAAUUUUCACAGUUGGGAUUCUUUUCAUCAAUAUUACUAUUUCUAGUACUAUCAAAAUGGACUUG